AUGGCAAUCGUCGCGAUGCCGUCGCUCUCGACCAACAAAUCCAUCAUCCCUAAAAGGCCGCAGAUGGGCAAGAUCAAAUCUUGGUCCGCCGGACUGGGCGCCAAGCUCUCGGGCAACAGCGGCGACAAGCAAGACAUCGCCUCCGAGGUGGAGCAGCGCAAGAAGGGCAUCGACAGCCUCUACACUUCCACCGAAGCCUAUUGGUCGUACCUCGGCAAGAAGAAGCCUGUGCCCUUCGACACCUCGUCGCUGCCUGUGGACGACGCUUCCUCGGUGGCGAGCAAUGCGGUCUCCACCAAACCUGAGGGCAAGAUGCUGCCCGUCGAGGCACUCGGCCUCGCCAUGGCCUCGUUCGGCGCCGUCUUUCCAGAGGGUUCGCCGUACGGCGCCUGCUUGGGCCUUCUCGGAGAGGCCCACGCCAAGCUCGGUUUCCUUCAGACCACGUUCACCAAGGACACGUCGCACAUUUUCCUAGCACGCAUCGCGCGCUCCAAGGCCACGCUCGACUCGUUCACCGCCGCCCUCAAGAAGCUUGACAGCGCUACGGCACGGCUCGAGUCGGCACAGUCCAAGGUGCAGAAGAGCAAAAAGGAGAAGCGCGAGCUCGAGGAGGAGCUCCGUCUCGCCAAGGCCGCCUAUGACGAGGCUGUCACCGACGUCGAGGCUCGCGGAGAAGCGAUCCAAGACGCAGAAUACGACGACUGGCAGUGCCUCACCACCUACAUGCAGGCACAGCUCGACUACAUCGGCCAGGCGCAUGCGGUCAUGGAGCAAGUGAAGGCCAUGUGGGCCGAUGCGCCUGCACCGUCCCGCUCGGGAGCUUCGACCCCACUCACUCGCCCGCGCUCCAUGUCUGGACCCAAGCUUCGACCAACCAUUUCGCGUCGCUCGUCCGCCAAGGACGCCGUCGACAUCUCGACCUCCUCGAGCCGAUUUGCAUCUAGAUCGUCGCUCAGUCUCGCCGGCAGCGAUCGACCUUCGUCAGCUACCGACGACUCAAAGCGAGACAAAGACAAGGAGCAGGACAAGGAGAAGGACAAGGAGAAGAAGAAUCGCCUGCGUAUGCCCUCGUUCAGCGGCGCUGGUGACACCGUCGCUUCUGUGGCUUCCGGCAUUGGGUCGUUUGGACGCGCCAAAGGAUCCACUCUCUUCAGCUCCAACGGUGAAGCGUCUAGCACCGACAAGGAGCGCGAGCCGAGCAAGUGGAACUUUAUGGCUCGCUCCAAGAAGGAACCCGGGUUCGUCUCGAUGGACCACGCCGACAAGGCGCAGACCAACGAUGACGACAACCAAGCGGGUCGACCCCCGGCCCUGCCCGCACGCGACUACGUGCGGCCGUCCGUGUCCGCGCAUGACGUUCACCUGGGCGAUCACGACGGUAUCGCUGCCAAUGGCCAUGGCACUGCCUCGCCUGACUUCAGGCUUUCUCGCGCCGACUCGGACGACGAAGACUACGGUCGGGAUCACGACGCAUCUCCCUUUUCGCCCGACGCGGAUGCGAUGGACUUCUUGGAUGUCCAGCGCAACCGCUCCACUCACGACACCAUCCAUGAACGCGGAGAGUCGCAGCUCAGCGCCGAAGUUAACAUGAUGGACAGCGCGUUUCUGGGACCAUUGGGGGCGCUCCAGCCACACUCACUGUCGCUCAAUCAUACGGGGCUGUCGGCGUUCUCGGAUGGUGCUGAUCCAUUUGGAGGGUCUGCGAUGUCGCCGCAGCAGACGGGUGGACGGUUCGACGAGUCAGAGGCGUCCACGGACGAUGAAGAGGAACGUCAAGGCCUCACGUCCGGCAGCAUGGUCGAUAGUACGGGCGCAAGGAGGCCCGGCAUGCAGCCUAGUUCGUCGUGGGUGUCGUUCAAGGGCGCUUCGAGCACAGCGAACGGCGCGACGAAUGGAGUUUCAGGUACUCCUUCCCAGCGCGGACCUCCGCCGCCGAUCCCUCCCAGCUCUUCCUUCCUUUCCAGGUCCAAGGCGAAGCUGGCUCCUCCACCGCCUCCCCUGCCUACCAGAAACAGCUCCUGA